ACCAAUCAAAUGUUGAGUACUACGACAGUCCGGUACAGAUCUGUCAAGAUGGCUGUGUUUAGGUCGGACCCGUGUGGUAUCGUGUGUUUGAUCAUCACGUAUGCCGCCGUGCUGUACGCGGACUAUGUCGUCGUGCGGCACCUGGUCAUACCCACAAUGUCGGAUACGUUGUGGGGAGUGGUUAACGUGGUGGCAUUCAACGUUAUUAUCUUCCUGCUCACGAUGUCCCACAUGCGGGCGGUUGUGUCUGAUCCGGGUAUAGUCCCACUACCCACAACGGGUCUCGACUUCUCAGACCUCCAUGCUGGCAAGACUAUGCCUAAUAUGAGAGACGGCUGGACGGUGUGUAUGAAAUGUGAGACAUACCGACCACCGAGGGCUCACCACUGUAGGAUUUGUCGGCGAUGUAUCCGCCGGAUGGACCACCAUUGUCCGUGGAUCAACAAUUGUGUUGGUGAAUUUAAUCAAAAAUAUUUCAUCCAGUUCUUAUUCUAUGUUGGAAUCCUCAGUGCGUACGCUACAACCAUGGUGGUCGUGUCAUGGAUGAUGGAUCCCGGAGUAAAAGGCAACGGAAAACACGUAAAAUUGAUACAUUCUGUGUUAUUAGUGGUGGAAUCGCUACUGUUCGGGAUGUUUGUGAUCGCCAUCGGGUGUGACCAGAUGGGUGCUAUAUUGAGUGACGAGACUGCGGUAGAACAGGUGAAAAAAGCAGGACCGCGGCGACAGAAAAAGUCAUCAUAUGCUUUAAUGCAGGAAGUGUUUGGUCGAGGGCAUCCGUGUUGGUGGCUGAUUCCCUUACAGUUUAAUCCAGUGGUCCAAGUCUAUGAGACACAGUACACAGUAUAGCCCAGGCCAUAUACCAAUAGGGGAGGGGAGGGCUUGGGUUGGGAAGGGUCGAUUGGUUUGAGAGAGGGGAGGGCUUGGGAAGGGUUAAUUAUUUUGAGAGGGGGGUGGGUCUUAAUGAAAGUAAAGAGGAAGGGAAUGGUUUUCUUAUUCAUCAAUGUGCUGUAAAUUUCUCUUUUGUUUUUACGUACUAUUUAUUAUGUAACAUUCCAAAGUUUUAAGCUUGAUGAUUAUUGCAUUUCUAUUUUUCACAGCUUCUUCACAAGUAACUCACUACCAGUUUUUGAUAAUUAACGGAAACUUUGUUUGUUUUUCAUCUGUUAUCAACAGUUUACAAACAUGUACAUACAACAGAUAGGUUUUGUUUUAUACCAAAUGAAUCUAGUCUUUAUAUUCGUUUCAUGUUAAGCAGUAGUCUAUACUAGCAUCAGUACCAUGCUUUUCUUCAUUUCGAAUCAAAAGAUUUACUAGUAAAUACAUUCACUUUUUUUCAAUGUAUCGACAGUAAGUCAGGCAAGCUUUUCGACACUUAGUGGAUUUGAACUUAAGGUGGCUGCACUCUUUCGCAAUUAACCAGCAAAAUUCAUUGAAACUUUCGCAAAAUGGUUAUGCAACUAUGUAGAGUUGAUUUUAUGAAAAAUUCUGAACUUUUUACAGAGGGAUACAAUUUACACAAUGACAGUUAUCUCUGUUAUAUAUAACAAAAAU